CAUGCAUCAACCACCGUGCUCCUUGGAGCCUCAGGCCCCGCCCCCCGACGUGUUGUGCCCUCCGCCAGGGUGUCCAGGCACCCUUCCGUGGUUUAUCCCCACAGCUGCUCGCUGGGUGUGGGAUCCUAUCAGCCUUCCCAGACAGAAUCUCCCAACGUCCUGGGGCCCAGCGCUGCCCUCCGCCCCUCCCCAGGUUACUAUCGCAUCGCAGCCUUCGGCCACCACUCCUACAGCAUGCGGGGGAGGCCGACGUGCUCUACGACUGCCUGCCCCUGUUACCACUCCGCAGGGAACAUCAUGGGCGUCGGGCAGUGUAUCAUCUAUGGACUGACGGUCAUCCUCCGCAAAGAAGUUCUCCGCCAGCCGCUUCGGGAUGACUGCGUCAAGUACAAACUGCACGGUGGUGCAGUACAUCGGGAGAUCUGCCGCUACCUGCUGAAGCAGCCGGGCGGGACGCCGACGGCGGCGGCACCGCGUGCGCUUGGCUGUGGGCAACGGGCUGCGGCCGGCCAUCUGGGAGAGUUCGUGCAGCGCUUCGGCGUGCGCCAGGUGGGCGAGUUCUAUGGCGCCACCGAGUGCAACUGCAGCAUCGCCAACAUGGACGGCAAGGUCGGCUCCUGUGGCUUCAACAGCCGCAUUCUCACCCAUGUGUACCCCAUCCGGCUGGUGAAGGUCAACGAGGACACAAUGGAGCCGCUGCGGGACGCCCAGGGCCUCUGCAUCCCGUGCCAGCCUGGGGAGCCCGGCCUCCUGGUGGGCCAGAUCAACCAGCAGGACCCGCUGCGCCGUUUCGAUGGCUACGUUAGCGAGAGUGCCACCAGCAAGAAGAUUGCACACAGCGUCUUCUGCAAAGGUGACAGCGCUUACCUGUCAGGUGACGUGCUGGUGAUGGACGAGCUGGGCUACAUGUACUUUCGGGACCGCAGCGGGGACACCUUCCGCUGGCGCGGGGAGAACGUCUCCACCACCGAGGUGGAGGGUGUGCUCAGCCGUCUGCUGGGCCAGACAGACGUGGCCGUGUACGGGGUGGCCGUGCCAGGAGUGGAGGGAAAAGCAGGCAUGGCGGCCAUCGCAGACCCCCACAGUCAGCUGGACCCCGACUCCAUGUACCAGGAGCUGCAGAAGGUGCUGGCGCCCUAUGCCAGGCCUAUCUUCCUGCGCCUCCUACCCCAGGUGGACACCACAGGCACCUUCAAGAUCCAGAAGACGAGGCUGCAGCGUGAGGGCUUCGACCCGCGCCAGACCUCGGACCGGCUCUUCUUCCUGGACCUGAAGCAGGGCCACUACCUGCCCCUGGAUGAGGCGGUCUACAGUCGCAUCUGCUCCGGUGCCUUCGCCCUGUGACAGCCUCCCUGUCUGGAGGCUCGGGCCGGAGGUGGUCAUGGCUUCAGCCAGAGUGCUGCCUGGGAUCACCUGUCUCACCAGCCACCUGUGUCACCGGCCACCCUCCUGGAGGACCACCUGCAGAGGCACCUGCCCAGCCACACCUCUGGCACCCUCGUCUCCCUCCAUGCCCGUCUCCUCCUUGCGGCUUGUCCCCAGGAGCAGAGCUAUGUUCUGAAGCUCCAUCCUGUGGGGUCCCCAAGCCUGUCAUCUGCUCCCUCCCUGUGCCUUACGAGCCCAGCACAGCCUCAGCUGCUGGUCUGGACGUUGUUGUCACGCCUCACCCUCCUGUCCAACCAGGGCCACCGUGCCCGGCCCGCCAGAGGUCCUGGUCAGGAGACCAGGGUUUUUUUUGUUUUUGUUUUGCUUUUUGAGAUGGGGUCUCUCGUCUUGGCUGCAGUCCAGGCUGGCCUCAGCCUCCCGGGUGCCGGCCUGGAAAUGUCCUAGUCCAGGUCAUCACCUUUUUGCACUUUCUUGUCCUGUGUACCCAGGAAGCUUUCACAGCUGUCUGUCACCACAAGGAUGUCACCACUGCCUAGGUGCCUGAAUCCAGGCAUCUUCCUGCUUUGACCGGGAGGUCAUAGUCUCCUGUCCCUGGAAGGGCCUCUGGUGUCUCAGUGUGGCUUCUGGGUGGUUCCCUUCCUCAGGUGGCAUCUGAUAUGGCCUCUCGGACCCCCUGGUGGUGACUCUCUGGGUGUCCCCCUGGUUUGCAGCUGAUGACCCAGACCCUGUUGUAGUGGGCUGGGACGACCCUGCUGAGGUGGCUCACGUCCCCAUAGGUCUUAGUGGCUCAUCUCAGGCACUGUGUCAGCCAGGUUGGGUUAGGGUUAGGGCACAGUGGGGACAGUGAGUGUCCCCUGGCUGCUUCCCAUGCACUGCACGUGGUGAGGUCCCUUCCCCAAUGAUCUUCAGAAAUAAACCUGCAGCACCUGUGGGGAUCCAGUCAUUUGUUUCCUCUGCAGUUCAGAAAGGGCACGGGGAGGGGGGGAUACAUGGCCACACAGCAGGAUGGUGGCUGUCCUCCCUGCCUGUGCAGGGUACUGAGGACCCACAGGGCUCCCACAAUUCAGGACAGAGAAGGGACAUCUGAUGGUGAGGAUGAAGAUGACCCCACCCAGGCCACACUGUACUUGCUUGGUCUCUGGCUGGAUCAGGUGUCCUGGGGGCUGCAGGAUUCAUGUGGCACUUCACUGGCUGGCUGUUUAUAGGGCGCUGGGAAACAGCAGGGUGAAUGAAGCGCUCACAGCAGGUUGGGUUGAGACACCCAUUAGCCACCUUUCCUAUAGUGAAACGCCUGAGGCGGGUCGUGGUGUAGCCUGAAGUUUUGGAGUGAAAGUCCAAACUGCAUGGGGCUAGCUCAGUGAAGGAGGGGGCUGUCUGCUGUGGUUUCUCUGGGAGCAGCAGGGUAGCCUGGGGCAGACAAAGGCAGACCUCACAUCCCCUCUGACCUUAACACCCACAGGGGUCAUCAUGGCCCCCAUGGUUCAGACGAGGAACAGGUGCAGGAGGGGAAGAGAUGUCACCAGGUGGGCAGCCUUCUUGUAGAAGCAGAUCUCAACUGGGCACCGCAUAAGUAAUGCUAGCUACUUGGGAAGCAGAGAUGGGGAGGGUGGAGGUUCGAGGCCAGCCCCAGCA